AUGGAAGUCGAUGACUGCCCCGAAUCUUGCACCAUGAUAAUCAAGAAAGUCGUGGUCAACGCGACCAUCAUGAAACAAUUUCCACAAUUUAAUGGACACCGCGUCCUUCUGGUCGACACGCCUGGUUUCAACAGAACGGAAGCAAGCGAUAGCGAGACGCCUAAUGGUUGCGAGCUUGGAGGAGUUAUAUUCCUGCACGACAUAUCAAACGAUCGAGUCACAGGGAUUAAUUUCGUAGGAGACUCCAUAAGCAGGGAAUUUGCAACCCUUAGCGUCGUCCUAGGGUUUACCAAAGGGGCAAAGAUUUCAUCACAGAAGAUUACGCAUAGAAUCGAUAACUUAAAAGAAGGAUAUUGGAAGGAUGUGAUUGUUAACGGGGCGAUUGUCGAGAGGAUCGAUCACCGCAACGACUCGGAGAGUGCGAGAGCUGUGAUACAAGCAAUAUUGAGAGCAUACCUCGACAAGUGUGCCCGAAAGAUAGUAAUACCAGUUGUAGGCAUGGCAGGCGCUGGAAAAAGUACCCUUAUCAACACAAUUCUUGAAACACAGAAUGCGGAGGUCAGACGCGACAAUGGUAAAACAUGUACAAGGGAAACCAAAGAUUAUACGAGCAAUAAUAUCUUCUGGUACCACAGAAGCUGUAUAAUUCACAGUGUGGUUUUUGUGGACACUCCUGGUUUUGUUGACCCCAUCGCCUUUGAUGCGACUGUACACAGCAAAAGCACAGAACAUGCUGACAAAUUAGCCGCUGCUGGGUUUGAUUUCGGGGGCGUUAUAUACGUCCAUGACCUCACUUCGGAAAACGUUCCAGAUGCCUGGAGCAUUUUCCUCUACUUAUUCGAGAAGUAUAAAUCCAGGGGCGCGAGUAAUAUUGCGAUCGUAGCCACAAAAGGAGGAAACUUGCGCGAUACUGCGACUUCAACACAGCGGUUGAAGACGUUGGAGAAAAAUCAAUGGAAACAAUUCAUUCUGCGAAAUAGCCAGGUUUUUGAGGUAGAGAAACUAGGCCACCCUUCAAUCCAGGCGCGCGAAAUAGUCGAUGCAAUUCUGGAGCGCUACCAGCCCACUAGGAAAAGUAGUACGGAUAAUGGGUCCACAAGUCUAUGGGCUUGGUCAGGUUGA